AUGGAUGAGCCGGACAACAAAUCCGUAUCGGUUCUCCAUCUGAUUUUGGCCGCAGCCAGCGAGAAUGCCACUGUGGCCGAUCUGUUGUCUCGCUACGGUCAUGGACAGGGUCUUCUGAUGCAGGGUGGGCUGAAUCGAUUGACCAGAGCCAUGGCUGAGGAUUUGGACGUACAGCUGAACGAGACGGUUACCAGCAUUGAAGAAGGCGAUUCUACGGUGACCGUGAAGACGCCCAAUCGGGUAUACCAAGCUCGACAAGUGGUCGUCACCGUGCCUCCCGUUGUCGCAUCAACGAUUGAGUUCAGCCCUCCGCUUCAACAACAAUACGCACAAUUUAUCGAGAGCUAUCGUCCAACUGGUCGAGCUCACUAUUUCACAAUCACGUUUGAAAGUCCUUUCUGGAGAGGAAAAGGAAAAAAUGGACAG